AUGUCCAACAGAGUGAUCCAGUACGAGGAUCGUAAAGUUGACGGCGGACACACAACCAAACUCACUGGUGGGUAUUCGAUUCCGCAACAGUUUCGGCAAGAAUUGAGCGAUGAGGCCGAGACUUAUGAAGACCCUUUAACAAGAAAGGCUAAUCAAAAGGCAAUUUCCGCUAGAGAGAACUCCUAUCAACAGCGCAAAUAUGACUCUAUGCACAGGUUGGAAGAUGAGUCGCAGUCUGAGGGAUACAGGAAGACUAUGGAACAACGAUUUAAGGGAAAAAAAGAUCAAGAACAGGAAGAUAAUACACAAAAUGAUAAUCAGGUGCAAAAAAGAGAUCGCACUCCUCCUCGUCGUGAGCGAAAACGACGGUGGGAUGUGGGCGCCUCCGAGGAACCGGAGGUCUCCGAAGAACCAAAACGUAAAUCCAGAUGGGAAGAGGAACCUGCUGUGCAAACUUCCCAAAUUCCCGUUGUUGAUGGCAUUCCGUUGACAGAGGAAAACCUUAACAUCCUUCUCCCCAGUGGAUUCCGCAAGAUUCCAGCGCCCCUUGAUUAUAAGCCAGACGAUUCUAUUCCUCCAGAUUUGACUUCUUUCAAUUCUCUGACAAAUGUCGAUCAAUACGUGAUUCCUGAAGAAAGUACUCUUGUUCAAGAGUUCAAGUAUCACAACCCCCAAUUAAUUCACGAUGUUCCUGGUCUGAAAGAAAUCCAGUUUUUCAAGGAGGCUGAUAUGAAGGUGUUUGGUAAGCUCAUCACCACAAAAGACGUCAACGUGGAGACUCUCAGUAAUGACCAGAAGAAAGAGAUCCAGUGUAUGAAAUUAAUCUUGAUGAUCAAGAACGGUUCUCCUCAAGUCAGAAAAGUCUCCUUACGACAGCUGCAAGAAAAUGCACGUUAUUUUGGUGCCGAUCAUAUAUUCAACGUCAUUUUGCCACUAUUGAUGAGCAAGUCGUUGGAAGACCAGGAACGCCAUUUACUGGUUAAAGUUGUCGGAAGAGUUCUUUUUAGACUUGAAGAACUCAUCAGGCCGUACGCACAUAAAAUCCUUGUCGUCAUUAUGCCGCUUCUGAUUGAUGAAGACAUGGUCACACGACUGGAAGGCCGGGAAAUUAUUUCUAAUCUUUCCAAGGCUGCUGGCCUGGCACAUAUGAUUUCUGUCCUUCGUCCAGACAUUGACCAUUCCGAUGACUAUGUUCGGAACACUGUCGCCAGAACCUUUGCAGUUGUUGCAUCAUCUCUUGGAAUCCAGUCGCUACUACCAUUUUUGCGUGCUGUUUGUGGCUCCAAGAAAAGCUGGCUCGCAAGACACACUGGAGUGAAAAUUGUCCAGCAGAUUGCAAUUCUUAUGGGUUCAAGUAUAUUACCAUAUUUGAACGGACUCGUUGGCUGCAUUGGGAGGUUAAUUUCGGACGAAAACUUGAAUGUUCGAACUAUGGCCGCUAUGGCCAUCAGCAACCUGGCUGAAUCUUCUGCUCCUUAUGGUUUUGAUGCUUUUGAAAAGAUUCUUGAUCCAUUGUGGCAAGGCUUGCGUCGUCAUAGAGGAAGAGGUCUUGCAGCUUUUUUGCGUGCCCUGGGCUACAUCAUUCCACUCAUGGAUGAGGAGUACAGCAAUUACUACACUAGAGAAGUUUUCAGAGUGCUGACAAGGGAAUUUUCAUCACCUGAAGAUGAAAUGAAACGUACAGUUUUGAGGAUCAUCAACCAAUGUUGUUCCAUUGAAGUUGUGGAUGGACGUGUAUUCAAAGAAGGCAAACUCGUUCAAGAGUUUUUCCAGAACUUUUGGAACAGAAGAACUGCUCUUGAUUCCAGAAUAUCGCGGAUGUGUGUGGACGCAUCUGUCUCUCUGUCCAACAAGAUUGGCCCAAAUGCGGUGAUUGGCCAGAUGUUGGUUCCUAUGAAGGACGAGUCUGAGACUUUCCGUCGGAUGGCCGUCGAAACGUCGAGCAGGAUUGUUCAACAGCAUGGGUCGUUCGACCUCGAUGACAGAACUGUCGAGAGGUUGUUGGAUGCACUGCUAUUUUCGUUCCAACACCAAACACUCGAUGAUUCCGUUGUGUUGAAUGGAUUUGGUAACAUCUUGGUGUCGCUCGGCGUGAGAAUCAAACCGCAUCUCAUGAGUAUUAUGAGUGCUGUGUUGUACCGACUAAAGAACAAGACUCCAGAAGUCCGACAACAAGCUGCUGACUUAAUUGCACGCACCAGUGUUGUUUUGAAGAUAUGCGACCAGGAAGACAUGUUGGUUCGAUUAAGCUCUAUUCUUUAUGAGUCGCUAGGAGAAGUGUACCCCGACGUUUUGGGCUCGAUUUUGAAUGCUAUGCGCAGCGUGAUACAAAAUCUUGGAGUCGAGCUAGUGAACCCUCCUAUUGCCCAAAUUCUAGCAACUUUGACCCCAAUUUUGAGGAACAGACAUGAAAAGGUUCAAGAGACCACUAUCAAUCUUAUUGGAGACAUUGCUGAUAAGGGUAAAGAGUACAUCAACCACCGUGAGUGGAUGAGAAUCAGUUUCGAGCUGUUGGAAAUGCUCAAGGCUCGCAAGAAGCAAAUUCGUAAGAGCGCAAAUACCACCUUUGGACUAAUUGCUCGUGCGAUCGGGCCUGCGGAUGUCUUGGUGACUCUACUGAACAAUCUGCGAGUGCAAGAGCGGCAACUGCGUGUUUGCACGGCUGUGGCAAUCGGUAUUGUUGCAGACACCUGUUCUCCAUACACUGUUCUGCCGGCCUUGAUGAACGAGUACCGGUUUUUUGACCGAAACGUGCAGAACGGAGUGCUCAAGUCGCUGUCGUUUAUGUUUGAGUACAUUGGCGACAUGGGCGGAGAUUAUGUGUAUGCCGUUUUGACGCUUUUGCAGGAUGCCUUCACAGACCGCGAUCUGGUCCACCGACAAACGGCAUCGACUGUGGUUAAACACAUGGCUUUGGGCUGUGCAGGCCUUGGCUACGAGGAUGCGUUUCUGCAUUACUUGAACCUGAUCUGGCCCAACGUGAUGGAGUCGUCGCCCCACGUGAUCGUACGGAUCUUGGAGAGCGUGGAGGCCAUACGGGUCGCCGUUGGAUACGGCAUUGUUAUGAAUUACGCAAUUAGUGGGCUGUACCACCCGGCUAGCAAAGUGCGGCAUGCAUAUUGGCAGAUCCACAAUAGCAUGUAUUUGAACAACAGCGAUGCCUUGGUUCCGUACCAUCCACGACUUGAGGCUAUUGGUGAGGAGUUGAAGCCGACUCCACCUCAAGUUUGUUUUGAUACAACCGACUACAGCGUCCAGGAGCUAGAUAUGUGGAUUUAA